AUGUUCAUCAAGCUUGUGACUCGCGGCGACAGCAGCAACAGCGAUGACAAUAAUUCACUUGCCCCCGCAAUGAUUGAUCUGUUGAUUUCUCUCUUGGUUCUCAUUAUACUCGGCAUUGUCUUAGUCGCAACGCUUCUUGUCCUGCGACGAAAGCGUCAAAAUCAGAUGGACUCCGAACUACCAGUUCAUAACGGGCAGUGCUCGCCCAACCAUCGUCGUCUAACGAUCUCCGCAUCUUCAAACUCGAGGACGCAGUCUAUUCUGGUGUACGAUGAGAAGCGCAGCCUGAUCGAGAACUCUUCGAGCCCUCCACCCAGUCCGGUCCCUGAAAUCCGCAUUACGUUCCCUGAAGAGGAAGACGAGUCUGGAAAGCGCAAGUCCGGCCGUGUUGUGGUGGUGAGAAUCAGUGAUGCCGGUGCCGUUGGGUUGGAACCAUGCAAUGAAGAGCUUCCACCUUAUCAGACCAGCGACGCUGAACGUUUCCAAUCCUUGGACAUCGAACGCAUGGGUGGCCUUAAGGAGAAAGAUGAUUUGAAAAGAUGGUCUUAA